AUGGCAGAAGGAAAAGCUGUUGGUAUCGAUUUAGGAACGACAUGCUCUUGUGUCGGUGUAUGGCUAAAUGACCGUGUUGAAAUUAUUGCAAACGACCAGGGUAAUUUAACGACACCUUCAUAU